AUGGUGUUUCUCAAGUCUCAACUCGCCCUGGGGGCCCUCACCGUUCUCGCCGUCACCGAGUCUGCCUACGCCCGGAUGCGCUGGCUCGAGCGCGACGGCCGUCACGUCGCUCUCUACCCCCGUCGUUUCGGCGAGGAGCACCCCGCGGUCAUCGACAAGAUCUCCUCUGCCUGCCCCGGCCAGGUCUGCGGCACUCUCGCCGGCGCCGCGAUCACCCCUCUCCUUGCCGCGCAGGGCGAGUGCACUCAGCAGGACAUGGCUGAUCAGAUCAUCGACGCCGCCCAGCAAUUCGACGAGCCCACGAAGUCGAACAUGAUCGCGCUCGCGGUCGAGUACCGUCAGGCCGAGAAGAACACCCCUCCCGAUUUCUCGGUCCAGCCCAACAUCCUCCGCAACUCGGUCUUCUGCCAGAAGGCGCCCAAGAACUCGCAGCUGAACGGCCUCGUCCAGGCUCAGGACCCCGCCAACGACCCCAACGCCUUCUUCGACCCCGCUCUCAGCAAGACCGUCCAGAAGGGCUCCCAGGCGAACACCUCUCCCUUCGGCGGCGCCGCGGCGUCUUCUGCGGCGUCGGCUCCUGCUACGUCGAACGUUGCGGCUGCCCCUGCCGCGAGCACUGGCGCCGCGAGCUCGACCGUGGACUGCGAGGGCUCGUCCGUCGCUGCUCAACCUGCCGCGUCGACCGGUGCUGCUACGACCAUCGCUGCGUCUCCCGCUGCUUCCACUGGCGCGGCUGGUGCCAUCGGCAACUUCGGCAAGUGCUCCGUUCCUCAGAUCGAGUUCGGCGUUGGCUUCGACAACCGUAAGGAGACCUCCUUCCAGCCGGUCGACAAGACUUCCUUCAACCACGGCUCCGCACAGGCGAUUGGCAUCAUCACCCAGUUCAUCUGCGACACGCUCACCAACUCCUGCGGUGCCGACGCGACGGCGAAGGCCACUUGUGCCAAGGCCCAGGCUGCUGCGGCUGCGCAGCCCCCCAAGACCGGUGUCGACGCUGACGCCUUCAACGCGGUGUUCGGAAUCAAGACCAACUUCGCCGCCGUCAACGUCGUCUCCGACCAGGGUGUGACCCUCAGCCCGCAGGGUUCUUCUGUCGCCGCUCAGCCCGCCGCAUCGACCUCCGUUGCUGCGUCUCCCGCCGCUUCCACCGGCGCGGCGGCCGGCGGCAUCGGCAACUUCGGCAAGUGCUCUGUGCCCCAGAUCGAGUUCGGUGUCGGUUUCGACAACCGCAAGGAGACCUCCUUCCAGCCCGUCGACAAGGCUUCCUUCAACCACGGUUCGGCGCAGGCCAUCGGCAUCAUCACUCAGUUCAUCUGCGACACGCUCACCAACUCCUGCGGGGCUGACGCCACGGCGAAGGCGACCUGCGCCAAGGCCCAGGCCGCUGCGGCCGCGCAGCCCCCCAAGACGGGUGUCGACGCUGACGCCUUCAACGCUGUCUUCGGCAUCAAGACGAACUUCGCCGCGGUCAGCGCCGUCUCCGACCAGGGCGUGACCCUCAGCCCGCAGGGCUCCUCUGUCGCCGCGCAGCCCGCCGCGACGACCGCCGCCGCCACCAAGACGACCGCCUCCGCCGCCGCGACCUCCGCUGCCGCGUCCACGGGCGGCAACCUCCAGAAGUUCACGGGCGCGCUCGGCAACGUCACCCCGCCGCCGGUGACCGCGAACGGGGACGGCUCCUUCCAGGUGACCGGCAACGCGUCGUUCAAGACGCUCUCGAACGCGCUCGUGCGCUCGUGCGACGUCCAGCACAACCAGUGCGCGAACGCCGCGAACGCGUCCGGCAACAAGGGCGCCCUCACCGUCGAGGCGUGCGGCACGCAGCAGACGCAGUGCAACGCCGCGCAGUGA